AGCGAAUCUAAUCGAACGCGCCUUAUUUUAAGUCAGUGUCAUCUGCACGCUUCACGCUACAAAAAUUCCGGAAGUUACCGUUGUGGAAUUUUCAGCAACUGGGUUCUGCACUGAAUCCAACCAUUUUUCGUGAUUGUUUUUUUUUCUGCAGCGGAGUUCUUUGUGAUCGGUGUCCACACAUUAACUUGUUAACUGUGUUUAUCACAAUGGAUGGUAUGUCCCAAGUGACCCAACAGAUGUCUUGCGGCUCUGUUCGGCCAGAGUUUCACAGAAUCGAGUUGAACAAAACACUUUGGGACGUUCUUAAAAAGUACACGAGCUUAGUUCCUGUUGGUUCGGGCGCAUAUGGACAAGUUGUCUCUGCUAUCAACUUACAGACAAAUGUAAAAUGUGCCAUUAAGAAAUUGGCACGUCCAUUCCAGUCAAAAAUUCAUGCAAAGAGGACAUACAGAGAGCUCAAGCUCCUAAAACAUAUGACCCAUGAAAAUAUAAUUGGCCUGUUAGACGUGUUCACACCCCAGACCUCCCUGGCAGACUUCGAUGAUGUCUACCUGGUCACUCACCUGAUGGGUGCUGACCUUAACAACAUAAUCAAGACACAGAAGCUUAGUGAUGAUCACGUCCAGUUCCUCGUCUAUCAGAUCCUGCGUGGACUCAAGUAUAUACAUUCAGCUGGGAUCAUUCAUAGGGAUCUCAAACCUAGCAAUAUUGCUGUCAAUGAAGACUGUGAGCUUAAAAUUUUGGAUUUUGGUCUGGCCCGUCACACAGAGUCCGAGAUGACCGGUUACGUUGCCACUCGCUGGUACAGGGCACCCGAAAUCGUCCUCAACUGGAUGCACUAUACCCAGACAGUGGAUAUCUGGUCAGUGGGCUGUAUUAUGGCUGAGAUGUUGACCGGUAGGGCGCUCUUCCCAGGAACAGAUCACAUAGACCAGCUUAGCCGCGUGUUGUCACUUACUGGUACCCCAGACGAAAACCUACUUAAAAAAAUUAGCAGUAGAGAGGCCAGGAACUACAUUUCGUCAAUGCCAAAGUGGAAGAAAAAGCCGUUAGAGGAAGUAUUUUUACGUGCUAACAAAAGAGCCCUGAAUCUGCUGGAUCAUAUGCUGAACCUGGAUUCUGACUGUAGAAUUACUGCAGAACAAGCUCUAGCCGACCCCUACCUCGCCCAGUAUGCUGACCCCUCCGAUGAACCUGUUGCAAAAGUACCUUACGACGACUCAUUUGAAAGUUUGGACCAUGAUAUACCGGAAUGGAGGGAACUUGUGUACGACGAAGUGACAAAUUUCCUUCCUCAUGAACACAUGUAAUAAGUGACAUACAUAUAUAGACACCUGACAACAUGUGUAUCCAUGGCAAUAGCACACAAAACUUGUACUGGAUAUAUGCAAUAAGGCUGACACCCUGAAACUUGUUCACAACACAGUGGUUGUACUUCAGGAUUGUCCGCCAGAUCAAAGGAUGAAGAUGCUGGUUUACAGGAAAGGUCAUGGACUGUCAAACAAAAAUGAAAAUUCAUACCUCAUCAAUUAUUGCAUUAUUUCUUUGAACAAAUAUGUUAGAAAGCAAAAUAAUUAUACUAGUAACUGCUAGUCAGGUAGAACAAUAUCAAUGUCAAAAUUGUUCUGUGAAUCAGUUUUUGCAUCUACAUGUCACACUUAAAAAGCAAAUUAUGUUUCUUGUCAACAGAAAAUAUUUUCAUUUGUUUACAUUGUGAAAUAUUCAAAAUUUCUAGAUUGAAGUUUUUGAACCCAUAUUCUGUGUUGACCACCUAAAUAGAUUAUACUGCAUGUGACAAAGCUGGUUAUGACCAAAGCCUUGAGUCAAUGAAGUGACCAUGUCCUUGUUCCGUGAGACAAAGUUAGUCAUCUUCAGGGUUUAUAAUUAUCAUAUAAAACUUGUCAUUUUCAUUUUAUUGAAGUGCUGUAUAAGUGUAAAUUAUUGAAAUGUAGAAAUGCUUGUGUGUGUUGAAUAAAUUACCACAAACACAUCCACACACGAAUGUGUAUAUAUAUCUUAUACAGAUUUUAGAUACUAAAUAUAUAUAGACUUUGAAAUCAUUGCCAACACGACAAAUUUCCAUACUGCGAUAGUUUAAAGCAUCAACGUGAACAUCUUCACAAGCGAGAAUUUUCAGUUUUACAGCCUUCUUUGACAUUUCAUUGUUGACAUCACUUUUGACAUAUCAUUUCUGUCUUGUCUUAUUCAUCACUACAACUUGUAUGCAUAAACCUGAUGACUUUUGUACAUAUUGUUAGGUACCAUAUCUACGUGAGGUACCAUAUCUACGUGAGGUACCAUAUCUACGAUUUGUUAUUAGAUCAAAUACAUCUAUAGAAUUCUUCUUUAAAGUUGAUUUUUUUUAAACAUUUUAUUAUUGUUUACAUCAGUGAAACGUUUUAUUAUUGUUUACAUCAGUGAAACAUUUUAUUAUUGUUUACAUCAGUGAAACGUUUUGUUAUUGUUUACAUCAGUGAAACAUUUUAUUUGAGUGAAGUUGAAUACCUUUUGUCUGGUGAUUUUUCAAACUUUGCUUCAUUCUCUUUACAAAAUUUGUGGUGAAACUGAGACCUAAAGAAGAUAUUUGCUAUAUUUUAAAUCAUGAAAAUUGUUGAGUCAAGAACAUUUUUUUUCAGUGGAGAUGAGAGUCACAAAUGAAGUAAUUCCCUGUUAACGAUUUAAUACCUAACAAUGUGGGUUGUUCUUCUGAAUUGUAAAGUGUACAGAUAUAAUAUAUGAUAUAGAUAGUUUUUUUGAGAAUUGAAAACUGAGUCUUUUUGUUUUGUGCAUGUUUAAGACUUCAUUUUGACUGAUUCAGAAUUUUACUACAAAAAUCUUGUUUAUGGGGUAUAAACACAGAGUAAGGGUUCUUUCCCUUCCUAUAUUUUGUCCUAUAAGUCUUAAACAUUUGUUUAUGGGGUAUAAACACAGUAAGGGUGCUUCCCCUUCCUAUAUUUUGUCCUAUAAGUCUUAAACAUUUGUUUAUGUCAAUGCUUUUGAAAAUAGCUGAAUCUGCAAAUAAUUUGCGAUUUGAUUGUUGUAAUAAAUUCUUUAUUCUAUUUCUUGUUGAAGUUUUGUAAAUUUAUAAUAUAAAAAGAUUGUUGUUUUUUUUAAAAAUGUACUUUAUACCUCUAAAGUUCCUGUUGUAGUUUUCUUCAAUAUUACUGGUAUGUUUCAACUAUCAGGUUUACCAGUCACCUAUAAGUUCUGAUGUCAGACAUAUUUAUUUGCAAUUAAAUGUUUUUUGUUUACUGUUAAAAAGUCAUUCAAAAUCAUGUCGCAAACAUCAGUUUGUAUAUAUUUAUUUUGUAGAAAUCAUGUCGAACUCCUGUGUUUACAGGUUUGGUAGAAUGUGUUGAAGAUUUCAGGUGUUUGUUGAAACAACCUAUGUAUGUAGUUAUUAGUGAUUAUGUCAUAUGGAAAAAUAUUCAAACAGAAUAAUGAAAAUAAAUCAGAUCAAUGAAAAAAUUCAUUUAACUUGAUGUGAUUUUCUAUACAAUAUCUUAACUGUUUUCCCAUUUCCCUUAGUAAACCAAGACUAUACAUGUAUAGUUUUGACCCUUUGAACAAGAUCGUCAGAUACCUCUCGAGCUCUCUGUGUACUGCAUCAUUUUCACUUUUGAGAAGGUUGUCAAAUAUUCUAGCAAUCAUUGAAUACCUAUAUACAUGUUUUCAGCCUUCUUUGGGCACUUCUAUGGAGACUUACACAAACGAACAGUCAAUUUUUAUCGAGAGCAUUUCACAUUUCUAAUGUGAAGUAAUGACAUAUUACGGCAUCAAAUGCAGAAUAUUAAUUAUCAGUUUUGAUUGUCAACAUUAAAACUGAUAUAUAAAUGUCUAUAAGAUGUAUAAGGUUUAUUUUGUGUACUUCAAGUAUUAUUGGUCUCCUGUGUAUUGAAUGAAAACAAGUGACUUGAAAUAUAUGAAAAUAAAUAAAUUGAUCAGAU